GCCGGCGCGGCGGGCGGUGCCGAGACAUGCGCUGUGCCGCCCGGCGCGGCCCCGGCUGGGCGCACGGCUCGGUGCGGCUCGGCGCGGCUCGGUGCGGGAGGCAGCCCCGCAACCGGGGGGGGAACCGGGAGGAACCGGGCGGAACCGGGCAGGUGCUGGGCUCGGCGGUGCCCAGAACCAGCCUCGAUGGCCUGAUGUGUGCCCUAGAUGCCUGCGGCUGCGGCCCCGUGGCGCCUCGCCGAUGGUGCCGCGUCCCUCCACCAUGCGCGAUGAGCAGCGGCUGCCCGGCAAUGCGGUAGCCUGGCUGGCGUGCGCCGGGGUCUCGCUGCUCGCCAACGCCUGGGGCAUCCUCAGCAUCAGCGCCAAGCAGAAGAAGUGGAAGCCGCUGGAGUUCCUGCUCUGCUCCCUGGCGGGCACCCACAUCCUCAACACCGCCAUCCCCAUCACCACGUACGCCGUGGUGCAGCUCCGGCGGCGGCGCUCAGGCUACGAGUGGAACGAGGGCCUCUGCAAGGUCUUCGUCUCCACCUUCUACACCCUCACGCUGGUCACCUGCUUCUCCGUCACCUCCCUCUCCUACCACCGCAUGUGGAUGGUCCGCUGGCCCGUCAACUACAGGCUGAGCAACACCAGGAAGCAAGCGGUUCACACUGUGAUGGGGAUCUGGAUGGUCUCCUUCAUCCUCUCCACGCUGCCGGCUGUGGGGUGGCACGACACCACCGAGCGCUUCUACGCCAGGGACUGCCGCUUUGUCGUGACGGAGAUCGGCCUGGGCUUCGGCGUCUGCUUCCUGCUCCUCAUCGGGGGCAGCAUGGCUGUGGGCGCCGUCUGCAUCGCCAUCGCCCUCUUCCACACCCUCUGGGGACGGCGCGGCCCCGACGCCAGCAAGAACCGCUUCCACGUGCCCACCAUCGUGGUGGAGGACGCCCAGGGCAAGCGGCGCUCCUCCAUCGACGGCUCCGAGCCCAUCAAGACCUCCCUGCAGAUCACCUACCUGGUCACCGUCAUCGUCCUCAUCUACGACGUCCUGAUGGGCUUCCCGGUGCUGGUGGUGAGCGCCGCCAGCCUGCGCUCGGACGCCUCCUCUGACUGGAUGGUGCUGUGCCUCAUCUGGUGCUCGCUGGCGCAGUCCCUGCUCCUGCCCCUCUUCCUCUGGGCCUGUGACCGCUACCGUGCCGACCCGCGCGCCGUCUGCGAGAAGUGCCGCGCCGUCCUGGCCAGCGACGACGGGGACGAAGAAAGCAGCCUGGAGGGCGCCGUGGCUGGCGAGCUGGUGUACGACCGCCCCUACGAGUACGGCUGCGCGGCCGAGGUCCUGGCGCUGGACCCCGUCGCCACGCGGGACUUCUCGGUGCUGGAGCGGGGCCUGCCCCCGGUGAGCCCCGCCAGGACGGAGCCGGGGGACCGCAUGCAGUACCUGCAGGUGCCCCCGCUGCGGCGGUUCUCCCACGACGAGACGGACCUGUGGACCAGCAGCCAGGUCGCAGCCUACCUGCAGCGCUGGGGGGCCGGCGGGGAGGCGGCAGGGCUGGCACGGCUCCUGGCCCCCCGCCGCGACCGGCCCCGCCACGGCUUCGUCCCCUGCCCCGAGGAGCAGCUCGCGUACCGCCGCCGGCGCCGCUCUGCCGACAGCCUGGUCUCCCCACUGCACGUCCCUGGAGAGGGGCUGCACCUCGCCGACCUCCGCGGCCUCGGUGGCGAGGAAGGGGCCACCGGGAGCCCGGGGCGCUCGGCCUCGGUGGCCCUGCUGCCUGUGGCCGUGCCACACCAGUCCAGCCUGCUGGCCACCUUCCCACUGGCCGCUCUCCAGCACGAGCCCCGGGCACUGCCGGGCCCACCGGGUGCCCUCGCCGUCCCCGGGCCGCGGCUGGCCCCCGAGGACCCGGCACGGCUCUUCGCCCCGCGGCCCGCCGAGCGCUGCGGGGGCCGGGUGCUGCGGCCAGGCCUCGGGGACGGCGGCCGGGGCAGCAGCAGCAGCCUCCUCAGCUCGCCGUCGGCUUCCUCGGGGUACGUCACGUUCCUCUCGGGGUCCAUCGGAUCGGCCUCGUAGGGCCGGGAUGGGACAGGACGGGACGGGACGGCCGUAACCGGACAGAAUGGACUGGGCGUUACGGCACAGAACGGGACUGAGCAGCACGGGACGGAAUGGGCCGGGCUGUGCGUUAUGGGCUGUGCGUUACAGGACAGAACGGGCCAUGCCGUGCAUUACGGGCUGUGCGUUACGGGAUGGAACGGGCCGAGCCGUGCGUUAUGGGACAGAAUGGGCUGAGCUGUGUGUUAUGGGCUGUAUAUUAUGGACAGCAGGGGCUGUGCAUUACAGGCUGUGUAUUAUGGGAUGGCACAGGCCGAGCUGUGCGUUACGGGCUGUGCAUUAUGGACAGAACGGGCUGUGCAUUACAGGAUGUGUAUUAUGGGAUGGCACAGGCCGAGCUGUGCGUUACGGGCUGUGCAUUAUGGACAGAACGGGCUGUGCAUUACAGGCUGUGUAUUAUGGGAUGGCACAGGCCGAGCUGUGCGUUACGGGCCGUGCAUUAUAGGACAGAAUGGGCUGGGCUGUGCCGUGCGUUACGGUGCGGCCCAGGCACAGCCCGCUGCAGGCAGGUCCCGAGGGCCUCCCCGGGCCGCUCCCCGCUCCACACCCAGCUCUACUUGAGGCUAUUUUUUAACUUUUAUUUUCCAAUUUUCAAUAAAAAACCCACUCGCAGCA